AUUUUUCUGAAAGAAAUGUGAUGCUCAGUUGCAGAUGCAAAUGAAAUUUCCAAAGGGAUUCUGGGGUUAUCUCUGCUACGUCCUCUUCGUUCCUGUUUUCGUCCUACUCUUCCUACUGGGUGUUGUCAAAUGUGCUAUAUUCAGUCCAUGGGUAUUUCUGGUGAUCGCAUUUGGGGACACAGGGGUUGUGAUAGGGCUAUUGCCCCUUCAUCUUGUUUGGAGUACCUACUGUGUUAUAAGAACAAGGAAAUUUGGUCCAUAUAUGAAAUGCCUCCUGAUUUUACUAGUUCCGGUAUCGGUAGCGUUGUGGAGUGUUGUCGGAGUUGUUGGAAGUGCUACUAUGGGCAUUGGGUAUGCCUUUGUUUGGCCUGUCAUGGAGACAUUCAGGGCGAUUAGCAAGGAAGGCGUUCCACUUCACCAGAAGUUAAUUAAUUGCUUAAGGGAUGGAACCUGGAGCUGUGUUUUGGGUGCAUGUACUGUUGUACGCGAUUUUGCAGAUUUUUCAUUCCACUCUUACUUCUCUGUUAUGGAUGGGCUGAUGGAGGCCAAGAGGGAGGAGCCUAUUGAACUCAAGGUUACACAGAUACCAGGAUGCAUUUUGGCAGCAAUCUUGGGGAUUCUGGUUGAUGUGCCAGUUAUUACUCUGAUUGUGUUUUAUAAAGCUCCUAUAUUACUCUUUAAAGGAUGGCAUCGGUUACUAGAAGAUCUUGUAGGGAGGGAAGGCCCAUUCUUGGAAACUGUUUGUGUUCCCUUUGCUGGACUAUGGAUUUUACUGUGGCCUAUUGUGGUUUUUCUGGCUAUUUUGGCUGGAAUAGGUUCAAGCUUCCUUUAUGGAUGUUAUGCUGCCGUUGUUGCAUAUCAGGAAAGUUCUACAAAGAAAGGAUUACUGUAUGUAGUUGCCUCUGCAUCUCGGUUUGAUGAGUACACCAAUGAUUUACUCUACCUGCGUGAGGGUUCCUGCUUCCCCAGACCAAGAUACCGUGACCAGGUUGAUUCCAAUUCAUUGCUUCCUGUAGUGGGACUGUAUAACCAUCUGGAGAUUGUUAGUGGUGACGAACCUUUGAUAAGCACACCUUCUGCAAAAAUGAAGUCUCUGACAGCUGUAGUGAUAUGGGAUGCUUUUAUCAAAACAUGUGAGGAUAUUGGCAAAGAGCUUCUUAAAGCGGGUGCCAUCAGAUUUGCAGAUAUUGAUGCAUGGAAACAGUCGAAGAAUAAGAUAAUUAACAUUGGAAUUCCUGCUUGUGCAUUUCUUGAGUGCUUUCUUUGUUCUAUCAAGAGUGGUUCCCCUGGAUUCAUCCUGUGUGAUAAUAUUGAAAUUACCAGUGUUAAUAGACCAGAGGGAAGAGCUUUUGAAUGGCUUUAUGACCCCAUGUGUAUCAUGAAGGAGCAAAUUAGGAGUCUGGAUUUACAGGAAACUGAAGAGUUGUAUUUCCAUAAGCUCUGUCUGUACAGUGGUGAUACAAGAAGAAUUGAAUCUUGGCAGAAUGGUGGCAUUCCUCCUCGAGAUGAGAUUAGAAGAGCUCAGUUAGAGGGUAUGAGUAGAAGGUUACAGGGCUUUUGUUUGAUGCUCUCAAGGCUGCCAACAUCCCGACGAAGGUUCUAUGAAGUAGUAAAAGUUAUGGAGCAUCUAGCAAAGAAUAGUGAAGAGCCAGGGGUGGAACUGAUAGUAUAGAAGCAUUCCUCUAGGUUCUCUCUUUCCCUCUCGCUAGAUGCUGCUGCUGUGUUGGGUUGAUUUUUGCUUCGUUUGAUAGCAAAAAUGUGGCGUUCUAAUUGUAUGUUUUAGCUUACUACUUUUAGUUGCCAAUUAUUUUCUUUGGUUGUAUUCACCCCUGUGGAUUUUAUAAAUAAUAGUGUAGCAAGAAUUUUUAUUUUUUUUGUUUGGGUUCUGAAUUUAGUCUUUAAUUUUGUGGAUGAG